AGUGUAGUCAAAUGCAGCCAAUUUUGCUAUGCUAUAAGGAACAGACUUGUAAAUUAUCUUUCGAAGGAUAACCACAAGUUUCUGUCAAAACAACUUGAUGACCACAAGUGGUUGAUUUUUGUAUGCGAUUAGAUUGUCGGUUUGAAGAUGUACGUCGUUGAUUUUCUUGCAGUAGAAUAACGAUUCGCGCUCGGAGAAGAAAAAAAGCGAACGUGACGUUGAGAAAUAAACUACGCGGGAAAAAUGAAAACGAUCUGGGUUAUCGGCGGGCCGGGAUGCGGCAAGGGAACGCAGUGCGACCGUAUGAUUGAAAAGUACGGAUUUCUUCACCUGAGCAGCGGUGAUUUAUUGCGAGCGGAAGUAGCCAGUGGUAGCGAAAGAGGAGCAUCGCUACAGGAUCUAAUGUCCAAGGGAUUAUUCGUACCAACGGACAUUGUGCUGGAGCUUAUAAAGGAAAAGAUGGACAAAGCUUGUAAAGAAGGAACCACAAAGACCGGAUUUCUCAUUGACGGAUAUCCCCGUGAAAAGGAGCAGGGCAUUCUCUUUGAGAAAAAUGUUUGCCCCGUCGACUUAAUACUUUUCUUCGAUGUAUCGAACGAGACCAUGAAAAUAAGACUUCUAGGACGUGCCGCCGUAUCCCAAAGAGCGGACGAUAACGAAGAGACGAUUAAAAAGAGAAUCAAGAUAUUUAACGAGAAGAACAAUGAGAUUGUCGAACAUUACAAAGAUAAAGUUGUUAGAAUCAAUGCAGAAGGAACAGUGGAUGAAAUAUUCACCAAUGUGACAAAAGCGCUGGACGCUCUGUUAGCAUCUUAGGUAAAUUGACAAAUUUUGAAAAAUAGCAAAAGAUCUAUUGCUAUCCUUAUUCAUUAUGAGUAGUGUGAUACUCUUAUUGCUCAUCCAAAUGAAAGAAACAAAUAAGAUGUUUCUUUAAUUGUUAAUUAUUGAAUAAAAUUCUACUUAUAUGCAA